UGAGCGCCUCUCCUCAGACUGGAUGGACUUCCGUAAAAUUGAGAGGUGUGCUGAACAAGGUAAAAGCAGAACAAAGGAACUGCUAUGGAGCUGGGCACACAAAAAUAAGACCAUUGGUGAUUUGCUGGAAGUUCUUCAUGAAAUGGGACAUCAGAGAGCAAUCACUUUAUUCAAAGAGACAAAUGUCCUGUCGCGUGUGAGUUUUAAGGAGAUUACAGAAGCAACUCAUAACUUCCAUAAAGACUUCUUGAUUGGAGAAGGACACUUUUUUGACAUCUUCAAAGCAGAAGUUAAGAAAGAACUAUAUGUUGUAAAGGUGCUAAAACAGAAGAAUCAAGACGUAGAUCAGGAAACACUAAACCAUUUUAUGUCAAAAUUGAAAACUUUGCCCAGAGUUCAACACGUGAAUAUUAUAAAAUUGGUUGGAUGUAUCACUAUGGAAGGAUUUUCAUGUUUGGUCUACCCAAAUAUGACCAAUGGAUCGCUCUUUCGCAGACUACAUUGUGCUAACAGCACUACUCCAUUGCCUUGGCAAAUAUUGUACAAUAUUCUGGUUGAUGUAGCACAUGCCAUUUACUAUCUGCAUACAAUGAACCCUUCUCCAGUUACAUGUGGGAACAUAACCAGCAAAAAUAUAUUGCUCGAUCAGCAUUUUCAAGCAAAGCUCUCAGACUUUGCCAUGGUCCAUUUGAGAUCUUACCAAAUAAAUCACAUUUACACCAUAAAGAUGGAUUAUGCCACACUACAGUUCCUGGGAUACUUGCCAGAGGAGUACAUUAGGAGGGGAGAACUGUCACCAAAAACUGAUGUGUACAGCUAUGGAGUUGUAAUAAUGGAAGUGUUAAGUCAAUAUCAAGCUGUUCUUAAUGGAUCCAAAACAACAUAUCUGAGAGACGUGAUUUGGAAUCAAGUGGAUAAAAGUGGUGUUGAAUCUCUCCUCCAGUUUGUGGAUAGGAAAACGAAAAACUGGCCUGCUGGCGUUGUACACAAACUUUUGGGUAUAUCUGUUGAAGCUACUUCACUGCGUGCGAAGCAGAGACCCACAAUGGAAAUGGUUUUGGAAAUUAUUAAAAGCUGUAAGAGUGCUGAAAAGUACACUGAAGAUCGGCCCAAGCCACUCAUGUCAGUUCCACCGUGUCCUUGUCCACCACCCUGGAGCCAUUCCAAUGUUCCAGUUGAAAGUGAUGAAAACCUGGAUAGUUAUUUUAGCUGGCCUGAAAGAAAACGAAACGUCAUAAUCCCAUGUGAAUCCAGCCAGUCAGAAGUGACAUACUUAAGAGGCUCCAGGAAAUGUACAAGUGCAGAAAAUGUUAUAUGUACACCAAUGCAUAGCAGAAAUCCAUUGCAGAUGAGUGACCAACCUUAUACAAGCAGGCCGGUAGAGUGUAGCUGCUAUCCAGGACCAGACAGCACAUCAUACUGUGAAGAGUGUCUCACAAAUGGUUUUGGCCAAGCAAAAUAAAUGAUGAAAAAUUAAUGUAGAAUAAGAGAUAAUACAUUACAGCCAUUAAUACCCACACAUUUAUAUGACAAGUAUAAUUAGAUGUACAAAAGGGUUAUCAAUCUCAUUCCUCUUUUUACCUUCCAUGGUCUUAUUUAAAACCUUUUUUAUCAUCUGUACAUUACUGAAUUGAUGACCAUUUAGAAGACAUCUUAAAUCUUAUUAUGUUGAUGACUUUUGUAUAAUGCAUUAAAGGGUUUAUGGGAGUAGAAUAUUGAUGCUCUAUCUAUAUAUCUAUUAAUUCAUCUGAAGGAUAGGUCAUCAACAUCUGAUUGAUGGGGUCCAACACCUGACAACGUCACCGAUCAGCAGCUGGAAGAGGCCAUGGUGCUCCGGUGAGUGCUGCGGCCUCCUUACAACAUGCUGAGCACGUCACUGUGACUGAUGAACGUGACAACGCUGGUCUAUUAAGGGGCCGCAACACUCACCGAAACGCUGCAGCCUCUGCACACAGGUGAUCGGCAGAGAUGCCGGAAGUUGGAACCCAACCGAUCAGAUAUUUAUGACCUAUCCUCAAGAUAGGGCAUCAAUAUUUUACUCCUCUAACUAUGUGUAUCCAUGAUGAUAUUUAUUGCCUAUGCCAGUCCACUGUCUAUGCUUGAGGUUUAGUGACAAGUAUUUCCAUAUUGGAUUAUUUUUUUACCUUCUUAUACAAAUAUACUUUAUAAAAAUAGUUUUGCAGCAUAUAAGUUAUAAUAGGCUCUUGAUUAAUAUGUAAUUAUCUGUAUUUCAUCUAAGAAUAAUUGUUUAAGGCGGGUUUACAAGGCCCAGUUGUUGGACCAAUUAUAACAGGCCUAUGUAAUUGUGUUGCCGAUCACCCGAUGAACGACCAAACGCUCAUUCUUCACAUGAAAUGAUAUUUCAUGCAGCACAUUAAAUUAUUGUUUCUUGGUUUGCCGCCCAGAAACAAUGAAUCUAUAUGAGGAUGAGCAACUGUAGUAGCCAUCGCUCGUCCCCAUGCAGUGGAGGGAUUGCUGCAUGCAGGAGUUAUUAGGAAGGUAAGGUCCCUUCCUAAUAAUUGCCUGUUAGGCCUGGCAGUGUGAAUGCAUCUUUAGAAGUAUGCAGCUACAUACUGAUGAAGUAGGAUGUGAAUAAUCGGUGUAGCAUCCAUGAGCUCAUUGGCAAAUACCCAUAGCAUUUUUAGAAAUUGGGCUUCUGGCCAGGUCACAUUGACCCAACCAAAAGUGGCAGUGGUGGGCAAAGAUUUGGUGUCAAAGGGGUUCUCUAGGAAAUAAUAAUGAUGACCUAUGCUCCAUCAGCGGGGGUCCAAGUCUCCACACCAUCACCAAUGGUGAUUUUUCAGGAAGCCGCGACGCUCACUGGAGCUCUGGUGAGUGCCGUGGCCUCCCGGCAGCUUACUAAAUACAGUACAGUACAUUGUAUAGCAGCUGUGCUUGGUAUUGCAGCUCAGACCCAUUGACUUGAAUGGGGCUGAGCUGUAACUAUGCUAUGUGACUAAUGUACUGUUACGUCUGUCACUGGCCUCUUAUAACAGCUGAUCGGUGGGGGUCCUUGGUCGCAGACCCCUUCCGAUCUGAUAUUGAUGAUCUAUCUUCAGGACAGGUAUUCAAUAUUUUUUCCCAGAUAACCCUUUUAAGAAGGUAUAAAAACAUAUGAAAACUAUGCACCUGUUAAGUCGAGGUAGUGAAUGUUUACUGUAUCUAUUAUCAUUUUUCGUUGGUUCUCUUGGGUCCAUUCACACGUCCGUAAUUUGGGUCCGCAUUCAUUCCGCAAUUUGCGGACCCAUUCACUUUCAA